ACUGGACCAUUGUGGCGAUACCAGAAUGGGUUGUAGACAAAGCUUUAGGCAAUGCUGUGACCGGCCGAAAAAUACCAAUGUCCGAAUUAGUCUUCCAGCAGUGUGUUUCGUAUGGCAAAUUGCCAUGAUCAUCUUAUUCGGCAUUUUUAUCCGUUAUGACCAAGAAUCCGACGCACAUUGGGCAGAGUAUAGAAAAUUUCGAAACAUUUCCAGUGACAUUGAGAACGACUUCUAUUUCAGAUACCCAAGUUUCCAGGACGUCCAUGUGAUGAUCUUUGUGGGCUUCGGUUUCCUCAUGACCUUCCUGAAGCGCUACAGCUUUAGCGCCGUGGGCUUCAACUUCCUCAUCGCCGCCUUCGGCCUUCAGUGGGCGCUGCUGAUGCAGGGCUGGUUCCAAUCUCUGGACCCCAUGGACGGAAAGAUCAAGAUCAGCAUGGAGAGUCUGAUCAAUGCAGAUUUCUGUGUAGCCAGCUGCCUAAUAGCGUAUGGGGCAGUGCUAGGCAAGUUGAGCCCAGUCCAGCUGAUGGUGAUGACACUGUUUGGAAUCACUCUGUAUGCUGUGGAAGAGUUCAUCAUCCUCAACCUCAUACAUGCCAGGGAUGCUGGCGGCUCCAUGGUGAUCCACACAUUCGGGGCUUACUAUGGUCUGUCCAUCUCGUGGAUGCUGUACCGGCCCAACCUGGACCAGAGCAAGCGUCUGAAUGGCUCUGUCUACCACUCAGAUGUCUUUGCCAUGAUCGGAACCCUGUUUCUGUGGAUGUUCUGGCCUAGUUUUAACUCGGCCAUCUCGGACCACGGUGAUGGGCAGCAUCGAGCAGCCAUCAACACCUACCUGUCCCUGGCCGCCACUGUCCUCACCGCCAUAGCCAUCUCCAGUCUCUCCCAGAAGACCGGCAAGCUGGACAUGGUUCACAUCCAGAACUCCACGCUGGCAGGGGGUGUUGCCGUGGGUACGGCAGCAGAGUUCAUGCUAAUGCCUUAUGGGUCUCUGAUCAUAGGGUUCUGCUGUGGCAUCAUCUCCACCCUGGGCUACAUCUAUAUCACGCCAUUCAUAGAGAAGUAUCUGAAGAUCCAGGACACGUGUGGCAUCCACAACCUCCACGCCAUGCCUGGGGUCAUAGGGGGCAUUGUGGGCGCCGUCACUGCUGCAGCCGCCAGUGAAGGGGUCUAUGGCAAGGAGGGGUUGAUAAACACAUUUGACUUCACGGGGGAAUGGAAAGACAUGGUGCCGAGCCGGCAGGGAGGACUUCAGGCAGCAGGGCUCUGUGUUGCCCUCUGCUUUGGAAUCGGAGGAGGAAUCAUUGUUGGCUGUAUCCUGAGGAUGCCUAUCUGGGGGGAUGCUCCUGAUGACAACUGCUUUGACGAUGAACUCUACUGGGAGUUACCUGAGGAUGAAGAGAGCAUUCCACCUAUCCCGGAGGACAACAACCACAUGCGGAACAGGGAUGUUACAGAAUCCCAUUUCUCUAUGGAACAGAGUCAGAACUGACGCUAGAGCCUGAUGUCAUCUCCCCCCUACAAAAACUGAUGGUUCUAUCCUACACUGACUCAUGGUGGACAGAAAACACUCCUCUCCUCCUGUUCUGUUCAUGGAAUUUAGUCAAUCUUUACUUGUGGAAUCACAAGAACUCCCAGAGAAACAGUGACAUUUAUCUUUGUUUAAUGAUUUUUUUGGGGCAAAUAAUAGAAUAACCAGACAAAAAUAAUGGUGGCAUGUUUUUAUCACCAGUCGAAUCCUAAGCAGGUAACCCUACAUCGUUAAUAUUAACAGUAAGAUAGGUGACUGUAUUUUCCACAUUGUCAUUGUGUCACCUUACCAAAAUAAGGCCCAGGGCCAAACCUCCGGUGAUGCUGGUGUGAGAGGAAUUAUUGUAAUAAUCAGAAUUUGUGGUGAUUCUGUCCUUUUUGACAGGUAUAAUCAAAUACAAUUGUCACAUGCUUUGUAAACAUCAGGUGUAGACUAACAGUGAAAUGCUUACUUACGGGCCCUUCCCAAAAAUGCAGAGGCAUAAAUGGUCAGGAACCCUAACACGGCAGCUAUCCACUGCAGCGCCAUCUUCAAUCUUCUACUGUAUGUCAUGUUUUGUUUAUAGCUUAGGUUGAUGUUUUUUUGGUCCAGCUGGUUUUAUGGUUCAUCCAAAUGGCACUAUGGAAUUUCAGCUCAAGCUUUCAUCGUUUAGUCAUAGAACCUGAUUAAAUUUGCAUCGCUGCAUUCAAGGAGUGUAAAGUAUAUUUAUGACUGUAGAGAAAGGGGGUACAUUACCGGUGUUUAUAGUGAGAUGUGAAUUUGAUUAAACUAAAUCAAGGCAAUGAAAACUGCUGUGUUUGGAUGUCUUCACUUAUAACCUGUUUUACAUAUUUAAUUUAUUGUUCAUUGUAAUCUGUACGUUAUGAAGCAUUUUAUUAAAUCUAGCUACCCAUUUGUGCAACCUCGUCACGAAGUGUUUGAGACUAUUGUAGUGGAGUAGGUCUACUGUAGCAGGUCUUCACAGGUCCCCCAAACUCGACUACCUGAGAGGGUCCAGGUCCCAAAUUUCUGAUUGUAUCGUUUCUCGGGUGUAUGUAGCUACCAGUGGUGGACCCAACUACAGCUCUGCAUAGCCUAAAGCAUAUACAUUUUACGCUAAUAAGGUGCAUUUAUUGACUUAUAGAUGGCCUAGCCAACAUAUAAAACUCUGUUCGUUAACCAGAAGAGAAACUUGGCUGAUAAACCUUGUCACUCUGGUUCAAUUGGGUCUAGGUCCAACUUUUUGCACCUGAGAAGACCUCUGUGUAGCCUCUUUUUUGGGGGGGUCCAAACAAGAAGUUCCCUCACAGAAAAAAUUAAGUUACUCCAUAAUUUCAUUUUGCAGGUCUUCUGCUUUGAAAACAUUGAGUACGAAAUAAGUUCAGUCUUUCAUUGUAAAGUAAGUGGAUCCAGGGCUUUUUCUAUUAAGCUUACCAGUGAGAAUUUCUUUGGAACCCUUCUAGACUGCUUCUUUUAGAAAAGCUACUCUUAUUAGCAAGAAAAUACAUCCUAUUUAAUUCUAUUACAGUGUAUAUGAACAGAUUUGAAUAAGAUUUCAUGUCCACUUUAACUCAGUGUAAAGGGAGUAAGGGGAUACAAUACUGUUUGUGCCGAUACGUAAACCUAUUGCAUAGUGAAAUGUGAGGUGUGUUUCUGAGCAGAAAGUUGGGCAACUAUGUGGAAAUCUUUUUUUUAAAAUGUUUUAUUUUCAUUUUUAUGUUUUUGUUAUUAUUAUUGUAC